GAUAUCUUAGCUCACACCCAGGUGAAGUGAAGCUAGGGAAGAAGCCACUGUCAUCCAUCCAGACAGGAAGGACUCAGCGAUCCUUUCUCCCGAUUCCCGUGUCCCCAAAUUCGAGGAAAUCAUCCAGUCAAGGCCUGGGACCCUGAGGUUCCUGGUCACUCCCACCACAGAAUCAGACUCAGUCCUUGAAAUUGGCAUUUAAACCAGCUCCUCUAUGGACUCUGGAAACCCUGCACCUUAGACCUGCUCUGGACCUGGGACUAGCAGACUCAUCCCAUUUAGUGACCUGCUGAGUGACUCUUCUAUGGCUCUGCUUCUUAACAGAUGAAGGAGGAGGACCCCUCACUGGAGAGGCAUUUUAAGGGCCACCGAGAUGCAGUUACCUGUGUGGACUUCAGUCUCAACAUGAAGCAGCUGGCCAGUGGCUCCAUGGACUCAUGCCUCAUGAUCUGGCACAUGAAGCCGCAGUCACGCGCCUACCGCUUUACGGGCCACAAGGAUGCCAUCACCUGUGUGAACUUCUCCCCCUCGGGACACCUUCUUGCCUCGGGAUCCCGUGACAAGACUGUUCGCAUCUGGGUGCCCAACGUUAAAGGUGAGUCCACUGUGUUUCGUGCACAUACAGCCACUGUGAGGAGCGUCCACUUCUGCAGUGAUGGCCAGUCACUUGUGACAGCCUCUGAUGACAAGACAGUCAAGGUGUGGUCAACUCAUCGCCAGAGAUUCCUGUUCUCCCUGAGCCAGCACAUCAAUUGGGUUCGCUGUGCCAAGUUCUCCCCUGAUGGACGGCUUAUUGUGUCUGCAAGUGAUGACAAGACUGUCAAGCUGUGGGACAAGACCAGCCGGGAAUGUGUUUACUCAUACUGCGAGCAUGGCAGCUUUGUCACCUAUGUGGACUUCCACCCUAGUGGUACAUGCAUUGCUGCCGCUGGCAUGGACAACACAGUGAAGGUAUGGGACGUGCGGACUCACAGACUGUUGCAGCAUUAUCAGUUGCACAGUGCAGCGGUGAAUGCCCUCUCUUUCCACCCAUCGGGAAACUACCUGAUCACAGCCUCCAGCGACUCAACCCUGAAGAUCCUGGACCUGAUGGAGGGCCGGCUGCUCUACACGCUCCAUGGGCAUCAGGGACCCGCCACCACUGUUGCCUUUUCAAGAACAGGGGAGUAUUUUGCUUCUGGAGGCUCUGAUGAACAGGUGAUGGUUUGGAAGAGUAAUUUUGAUAAUGUUGAUUAUGGAGAAGUCAUAAAAGUGCAGCGGCCCCCAGCCACCUUGGCUACCUCCACUGGGAAUCUGGCAGCAGGCAGCACCAGCCUGGCCCAUCUCAUGAGGAUGCCUGCUGUUGGGACAGAAGGGCUGCGGCCUCUAUCCGGUGGCCUUUCCUGGAGCAGCCACGAGGACUCAGUGUCCACAGGAAAACCAGAAGUGGAUUUCCCCAUCCCACCGGGCAGAGGCAGGAGCUUGGAGUCAGUGCAGAGCCAGCCCCAGGAGUCCAUCAGCAUGCCCCAGACACUGACCAGCACGCUGGAGCACAUCGUGGGCCAGCUGGACGUCCUCACUCAGACGGUGUCCAUCCUGGAGCAGCGGUUGACAUUGACAGAAGACAAACUGAAGCAGUGUCUGGAGAACCAGCAGCUAAUCAUGCAGAGAGCAACACCAUGAUCAGGGGAGCAAGAAUCAGGAGCUUGGUCGAUUUGGGGGGUGGCAGGCCAGGGAUUUGUACUGCAGGACUCUGGGUAAAUAAAUAAAGGGAUUCAGCUCUGUGGGAAUCACAUCCUUACCAAGCCCCAGGGAUUAUGCAGUUCUGCCCCUCCACCUUGCUAUCUGCAUCCGAAGGUCUUUCUAGUAGCAGAGGGCCCAAGUGGGCAGGGCCCACAUAAAAAGGAUGCUUGAGACCCACUGGUAGGAUCACAUUUAGUUUAAUCUGAAGGACCCACUUGGACACUUUUGCUGUCUGAGUCCUAAGAUUGUGGCUGUCCCUCUGGAAAAUCCAUAACUCUUCAUUAUAUAACUUUCAGCUAUGUGACUGACUUUUCCCAUUCCAUCUGUGACUUAAAGUUGACUGUUCAGCAGGCACUGUAACCCAGACUCAGGAGGCUGAGGCAGGAGGAUCACAAGUUCAACGUCAGCCUGGGUAACUUAGUGAGACCCUGUCUCAAAAGAUAAAAAAGGCUGGGGAAUGUGGUAAAGUGCCUCUGGGUUCAGGCCCCAGUACCAAAAAGAAAAGCCUGCUCAUUAGUUGGAUGAACCAGGAGGUUUUUCUCUAUCUGACAAAAGCCCCAAAGUGGACCCCUUUGAGUCAAGUUUGUUUAGGAACAAUCUCUGUGGAAUGGGUAAUGGCUUUGCAAUGGCAUUGAUUUCUGUUCCACAUAUGUUCACUGGGGCCUGGUAGCUUCCUCUUCUCUGUGUUCAUGAGAACAAAGGAAUCUGGAAAUUAAA